AUGAUAAAACAAAUAACAAAACCUGAUUAUAGUAAAAUGGGUGAAGGUGAAUUAAGACUUUUACUCAAUAAGCAUCAACAAAUGUUAAAUAAUACACGUUUAAUAAAUAGUCUACCAGAUAAAGGUCAACGUUUACGUAAUGCUAUAAAUGAAAUCGAAAAAUUUCUUGUAGUACCACCAUCACCUAUGGAUUGUGAUAUUAUAACAAAUCAAUUUAGUCAAAUGACAAUGUCAUCAAAUGAUAAUGAAGUUUCUCAAGAAAAAGUUCAUCUUGAAAAAUCGAUAAAAAAUCUUAUUAAAACAACAACUGAUAAUAAUUUUUCCGAUGAACGUUUAAAUGAAGUUAAACAACGUUUAAAAGCUCGACAAGCUGAACGUGAUAGUAAAACAACAGUGACAAAAACAAAACUUAUUUCAUUAGAUGAAGCAAUUCAAUUAUAUAAUGACGAAAAGAAACAAGCAGAAGAACAUUUAAUCCAACAAACAACAGCAAGAUUACUGGGUAAUAUGUCUCUGUCAAAAACCACAUUUGGUCUUCCACCAACAACAUGUAAAACUGAUCUAACAUAUCGUAAAACUACUACUGAAAAUGAUAUUGAUGAUGAUGAUGAUGGUCAUAUAGAUGAACUUGGUCGAGAUAAAGCAGAAAUUGAAUCAGAUCAUGAAAGUGAUGAAGUUGAUUAUCCAGAUGAUGAAGUAGAAAACGAUGAUGAUUAA